UUUAAAACCCAUUCAUAGUUCCUGCAGUGUUGAGCAGAGGGGGACAGCCAAUCAGGUGGGCACUUAGAUUCAUCACACGAGGGAGUCGGAACACAACUGCCAACUUGUUGCAGACAUGAGACGUGCUGAUACCCGCUCUCGGUCUAAACGUCCAGCGAACACGCUGAGCUCGGCAAGGAAUACCCCUGCCGCCGGAGACGAAUCGGUUGAGGAGGAAGCGGCGGGAACGUCUUCCACCGGUAAGUUGCAAGGCCAAGCUAAUGCACAUGAGAGCCGCGGUGGUAAGCUAGCUAACCAGCUGUAAGAGCUAGCUAGCUUGCCAUUGACAGCUAUUGAUAGUUAGCAUCCACGUGUUCAACUGUCUCACGCCUGAGUGUCGUUCCGACAGGCAUUAAUGUACAGAUGUACCACCUAGCUAGUAACCUUAGACUAUCAAAACGAUUUCCCUUCUUGCUUAAUGUGCAUAUGAUUAACCUUCAUUAUUGGAAAUGAGCGGUGUGAACAUUUUUACUUUCCCACAAACAUUAAGCUAGGACCACAGUCCUCCUAAUGCCCAACUGGCUUCAACGAGACUGCGCCAUGAGCUGCAGAUGGCCAGGCAGAAGUUGGACUGGCAGCAGGAGCUGGUUAAAGACUUGACCAAAGAAAGGGACUUCCUGCUGGAACAACUGGCUAUGACAGCAAGAAAAAAGGACAAGGGCAGUCCACCCCAGGCGAAGAAGUGCCAGUCGCAGGGAGCCGACUCAACCGACUCGUCCAAGUCGGGGCCUGAUUCUUCCCACUCUUCUUCCGACCCUUCCUCCGACUCUUCCUCCUCGGAUGAGGGACAGAAGAAGAAGAAGAAGAACAGCAGGGGAAAAGGACGGAAGCAGGGGAAAAGGGCAAAGAACCGGAAGGGGCAAGGUGUUUACCAGCGAGCUAAAGAUCCUGAAGAGGUGGUGGCCCGGUACCGCAAGGUGCUGAAAAUCUGCAGGAAGGGAAGAACCAUGGGGGCAGCCUUCAAAGCUGUGGGGGUCGACCGCAACACCAUUGUUGUAAAUGCCCCCAUGGCAGAGCUGUGCAUUGCUGCCCCAGAGGCGUAUGCAGAGCUAAAAGAGAGCGCCCCCAAAAAGGAGAAGCUCUCCAGUUUUGCACAGAGGUGCAAGGAUGCCAUAGACGUGGACGAAAACAUUGUUACCCGAAUCAAAGAAUAUAAAGACUCUGGCAAACUUUUGCCAAUUACUAAAAAAAACUAGCUGAUCCCCUUAUUUAAAGUUACGUUGUUGUUGUUGCUGUUGUGUUAGAUAUUAGAUUAUUAGAAUGCAUGUUUAAAGUGAAUUUAUUGUCAGUGUGGUUUUUUAAAUAAAUGUUUUACAAUUUCACUUCAUUCCCUCGAUGCUGUGUUGUGUGUUUUUGCCAUUGAUAUGUUUAACAACCUAACGUUUGAGGUCAUUUUUGGAGUUUGUGUCUUCUAAUGGUAUGUCCCUCAGUAACAGGCCAUUUGUAAAUGCUUAUAAAGUAUAGACAGUACCAACUUUAUAUCA